GCAACACUGCUGGUUCAAUUAUUAAUGGAACCGGAACGCCUGCAUCGCAAAGCGGUAUUUGUUCGAAUUUAACUGUGAAAUUCUGAGAAACAAAGAUGUCGAUCAUUAAAAAUUAAAAACUCCAUUAAUACGUUAAAAUUCGUGUGUAUGUGAAAAGUGCGUGUUGCGAAUUGUUAAUUAAUAAGCAUAAGCAAUAAGAUGUCUGCGAAAGGGGCCAACUCUAUCCAGGUGUGCAUCAAGUUGCGUCCCUGCGAGCCUGGCAAUGCUUCCCUCUGGCAGGUUAAGGAGGGCCGCUCGAUCCAGCUGGCGGAAAGCCAUGCGGAGCCCAGUGUCUUUGACUAUGUCUUCGACGAGGGAGCCGGCAACCAGGAGGUGUUUGACCGGAUGGCCCAGCACAUCGUUCGCGCCUGCAUGCAGGGCUUCAACGGAACUAUUUUUGCCUACGGCCAGACGUCGUCGGGGAAAACCUACACCAUGAUGGGCGAUUGCCAGAACCCCGGUGUAAUGGUGCUGGCCGCCAAGGAGAUUUUCCAGCAUAUAGCCAACGACACGGAGCGUGACUUCCUGCUGCGCGUGGGAUACAUCGAGAUCUACAACGAGAAGAUCUACGACCUGCUCAAUAAGAAGAACCAGGACCUCAAGAUCCACGAGGCUGGCAACGGGAUCGUGAACGUGAACUGUGAGGAGUUAAUAAUAACCAGCGAGGAUGACCUCUUGCGCCUCCUAUCCUCAGGAAACAAGGAGCGCACCGUGGGCGAAACUAACAUGAACGAGCGCUCCAGUCGGUCGCACGCCAUCUUCCGGAUAAUCAUCGAGUCCAGGAAGUCCGACCGUACAGACGACGAAGCUGUGAUCCAGAGCGUUCUUAAUCUGGUGGACCUGGCCGGAUCCGAGCGCGCCGGCCAGACCGGCGCCACUGGGGCGCGACUCAAGGAGGGCGCCCAUAUCAACAAGAGCCUGAUGUUCCUUAGCAACGUGAUUAAGAACCUCUCGGAGAAUGUGGACAACAAGUUCAUUAGUUUCCGGGACUCCAAACUCACUCGCAUCCUGCAGGCGUCGCUGGGAGGGAAUGCCUUCACCUCCAUCAUCUGCACCAUCAAACCCUCGAUCAUGGAGGAGUCUCAAUCGACGCUAAGUUUCGCCAUGCGCGCCAAGAAGAUCCGUAUCAAGCCGCAGCUUAACGAGAUGGUGUCCGACGCUACGAUGAUGAAGCGGCUGGAACGUGAGAUCAAGACGCUCAAGAGUCAGCUCGCUGAGGAGAAGCGGAAGAAGGAGAGUCAGCUGAUGGUGCAGGAUCUGGAGCGGCGACUGAAGACUGACGAACUCAAGAUCAUCUCAAGCACUUCGCUGAAUGAUCAGCGCCAGCAGAAACGCCGACGCACCUGGUGCCCGGCUCCUACCGGCCCGGACGCCUCUCUAACCUCGCUGACCGGCAUCCUCAAUGACUCUCGUCUGAUGCGGCCAUCGAAUCUAUCCAAUCUCCCAAAGCCGACAUUUUUCGCUACUUCUAAUGCUGCAUAUCGAGGUAAAACCGCGCCAAAGACCAUUAACAUCCUCAGUUCCCUGGACAUCACCACCGAUGAGGAGACAAACGAAGAAUUCGUCCCAGCUGAGUGCGUCAAGUUCGAUACGCCGCCACAAUUGUGGGCUCAAAAGGCCAUGUUGAAGAGCCGAAAGGUGCCCAAUUUGUCCUUGACACCUGUUCCCAAUCCGAUGGAGCCCGAAACAGUGGAAAAGAUUAAGAAAGAGAUUGACGAGCUGCAAACGUUCACCAGUUUGGAUAAACACUUUAAUGUGGAGUGGGCAACAGCGCAGGAGAACCUGGAGAAGGUUACUGCUCAGCGGGAUCAAUUAGAAAAGGAUUGCUUGACAAAAGACGAGCGUUGCAAAGCCAUGCAGGACGAGGUCACCAGACUGACGGUGGCCACUGAAGCUGCCAACUCCAAGAUCGUCGAGUACGAGAAGGAACUGAAGGCUUUGAAACAGACCGUUGCCAAACUGGAUUUGGAGAACCGCGAGGCAGUCAGCUUGGAAUUCCAGUUCGAGGCUUACAAGAAGAAGGCCAGUUUGCGGGAGAAGGACUUGCUGUCGGCUCUCUCGGAGAAGGAGUUGGCCGUAGAAAAUUUGCAGAGGAGCCUCGACGAACUAUCCCGGGAUAUGGUGCACAACAGCAAAGAGGCUCUCAUGCGCUCCAUGUACCCCAAUCUGGCCGACAUCGAAGAGGCAACCCUGAAUGAAAGCGACGUCAAUGAAGACUCUAAGAAGGUUGAUUGCGAGUGCGACAGGCUGCGAUCUGAAAUCGUCGCGACUCAAGCCAAGUUGGAGAAAAUGCAAGCGGACUUCGAUUUGGCUAUAAGCGAGGCGUCCCACAAGAAGGAAGACUGUCAGCGCCUAUCCGAGCAGAUUUCCAAGGCCCAAGAUGACUUCACGCUGCUGCAGGGCAGAUACGAGGCUCAACAAGAGGUCAUCCAAGCCAUGCAGGCCGACUUCCAGGCAAUUCAGCACAAGUACCACAAGCUGCAGGAAGAGUACGAGACUCUGGGACGCACUUCUCAGGCCUCUGAGGAUCAGUGCCAGCAGCUGCAUGCUGAUAACUCAAGUCUACGGCUGGAGGUAGGAGCUCUAAAGAAGGAGCUUGUGGAUGGGGGCCAAGAAUUAAAAACCCAUACCGACGAACUAAAGGCCAAGUUAGCCGAAAUGACGUCCAACUUCAACGCGCUUCAAGAGGAGUACGACAGUCUUUCCAACCAGCUAAUGGAAUCCGUCCAGGAGAACGAUGCUCUUCGGGAGGAGCUCAAGCAGCGUCCCCUUCCCAGUUACGACAUGGAAUCUAUGAGGAGUUCUGGCGUUGACUCCAUGAAAAGUUCUGGCGUGGAAACUGAGCUCGGGGAACCAGAGCAGGAGGCAAUCUCCCACAAUUAUAUUGGUGAGAAGUUUGCCAAGCUAUCAGAAUCUAUCCAUCAGAUCGAACUCAAGAGCCACUUGGGUUUUAGUCGCCUCUUUAGAGUUUCCAAGCCGGAGAAGGAGCUAGAAAAUAACGUGAAAGCUCUUAAGCUUUGCCUCGAAUCUGCCAAGUACAUCGAAAGCGAGACUGCAGCCGACGGUAUACCGCUCAAGGGCGUUGUAAAACAACAAAUGUUCCAGCUUGUGGCCCUCAGUCAGGAGCAGCUUGAAGCCGGAGAAGAGCAGCGACUCCUCAAUAUCAUAGCUCAGCUGGAACAGGAAGUUAGGGACAAAAACGAGCUGAUGGAGGCCACAGAGGCAACCAUAAAUGAGAUGCGGGAGCAAAUGACCAACUUGGAGUCUGAGCUCCUGGAGAAGAGUGUGAUUGUUAAUAAGGUAGAGGACUACCAGCGCCAGAUUGAGACCCUGGAGAAGCAAAAUGCGGAGAUGACCAUGGUGUACGAGGAGCUGCAGGAUAAAGUUCAGAGGAACAGCUCUAUGAGCGAGAGUACGCUGCAUCUUCUGCCUGUUGAUGAAACCAUCUCAGCUCCCCAUGAAUCAUGCGCCUCUGAAAUGACACCGCUCUCAGAGUUGCAAACUAAAGUGGUCGAGUUGCAGGCAGAAAUGGAGAAUCUGGUGCGGCAGAUGCAGCUCAAGGACACGAACAUCGCCGAUCUAAAAGCCGAAAUUGAGGAAAUUCGCGAGCGCUGUUUAUCUUCGGAGGUAAAGCUGGUGGAGGUGGAGAACGAUGCCCGGGAGAAGCAGCAGCUGCUGGACCGCCAGGCUCGGAAACUUUCCGAUGACGCUCUGCUUAUCGACCAGCUCCAGGAAAAGAAUGCAAAGCUUCAAGAGCGCAUCAUCAAGGAGGAACUUCAAGCUAAGCAGGAUCACACAAUUCCUUCCUCUGAAUACGAACAACAAAUAAAGGAGCUCAGGGAGUCAUUGAGCAGGGUCCAGGAUGAGCUUAUUAAAAUGGAAAAGCUAAAGACCGAUGAGAUUAAUGCCCUGCAACUGGAGUAUAUGAUGAAAAUGGAAAGAAGCGAGGACGAGAACCGUGCGAAAUUCCGCGGAUACACCCAGGAAUUGGGGGAGAGCAGGGAUAGACACGAAAAUGAUAUGGCAAAGUUGAGGGAACAGAUUUUGCAGGCCGAAGAAGAGCUCUCUAGGCUGAAGAAUAGCUGCCAGGCUGAGCUAGAGGAGAGAGUUACUCUCCAGGAAAAGCUUAGCCAAAUGGAAGAGGAAAAGCGAAAGGUGACUGUCCAGUACGAAGAGAAACUUGAGGCCUCCAGAAAGAACCUGCAGGAAAAGAUAGCUGAAGCUGAGUCAAAGGCUGCACUGCUCCAAGCUGAGCUCAAGGUGACCACAGACACCCUUAAUGAAAAGCUAGCUGAAGUCGAAGCCAAACAGGCCUAUAUCAAUGAUAUAACGUUUCAAAGGCACUCAAAAGAAGCCACAAUUGCGGAACAGAAAUCGGCUUUGGAUAAGCUAAGGAUGGAAAAUCAAAAACUACUCGAGCAGCUGCAGAUGCUGCCAAACGACCACGAGCAGCACAGCGAACAGCUUGCCUCCACCAACAUCAAGAUAAAAGAGCUCACAGCCAAGUGUGACCAACACGUUUUGGAUUUGAAUAACUUGAAGCAGGAAAAGGUUGACCUGCAGGCAGAGAUCAAUGAGCACUUGAGCACCAAAAAUAGCCUCCAGAAACUCCAAAUGGAAAUGGAAGCUCAGAGCCAGAAACAGUUGAAGGCGGAGAGUGACUUUAAGGAACAGAGCACGGCUUUCGCAACCAAAAUCAGUGAGCUCGAAGAGGCAUUACAAAGUUCCCAACUGAAGGCGGUCUGCCAUGACGAUCUGGUUUCUAAGCACAAUGAAUUGAUUACCUCCUCGAACGGAAAAAUUCAGGAGCUCCAAGAAAAGUACGAGCAGCAAUUACGUGACUUGGAUACUUUAAGGCAGGAGAAGUCAAUCCUGCUGGCCAAGAUUGAUGAAGCCGAUGCACAGCACUCCAGCACCCUAAAGCAACUUCACGAACUUGAAAUGCACAAGGAGGAAAGGAGUCAAAAAUGGUCAACAGAGAAGAUCGACUUAGAGGAGAAGCUGGAGACUAUGAAAGCCAAGAUCAGUGACCUUGAAACAGAACUACAAAGUGCUAGGCUAAAGGCUGCUAGCCUUGAGGAACUGAAUUCGCAGCAUCAAGACCUGAAGCUAUCCCUUUCGGAGGCAACGGGAGUGUCCUCCACUCUGCAGGAGAAGGUGGACAGUCUACAGUCGCAACUUCUUGCUUCCGAAAAGGAUAUCUCCAGCAGAGAUCUCGAAAAGGAAAGACUUCUCUCGGAACUGAAGCACGCCCUGGAGGCAAGAGAUACUGUGAGCGCAGACCAAUUAGCCCUGACAACGCAGCUGAAGGCAAUGGAGGAAAAGAUGGCCAGCCAGGAGGGAGAUUUAAGAAAAGAGCUCGCAGAUCUCAAUAGUUCCAUGAACGAGUUGCAGUUCAAACUAAAGUCCCUGGAAGAGCAAAAGAUUGCACUGGAAUCGGACAAUGAUGAGCUUAAGGUGAAGCUGAGGAAUGCCCACAACCUUCAAGACCAGCUUGAAGAAGAGCAGAAGCUGUGCGCCUCCCUGCGAACCCAAUUCGCUGAACUGGAGGAAACCAAAACUAGAUUAGAGGAGGAAUUGCGAAUUAAAGAAGCAGAAACAAAGGCAAAAUUCGUGGUGAUGAGCCAGGAAGUGGAGCUUGGUCGACAUUCCAUCGAGCAACUGACCAAGGAGUGUGAUAAACUACGUAGCGAUCUGGAAACCAAAACGAAUAGUUUCCAUAAAGAAAAUGAGCGCCUAAACUCGACUCUAUCCUCUUUGUCAAAAGACAAACAGCUGCUGGAAGAGAGGAUCAGCUCCUUGAGUCUAAAUGAUUCUCGUAAUGCUGAGCUCAUAGCAAAGCUAAGAGCCAAAGAGGAUGAAGCCGAAUCCUUGCGAGAAGCUUCAAUUAGUCAAAAGCAAGCUGCUGAUGCAGCCAACCUUAGAUGCAGGCAAUUCAUGGAGCAGAAAGCGGAACUUACACAGGAGAUUGAAAAGCUACGAACAACCUUGAAAUCUAAGGAGGCCAGUGUGUUGAUAGAGAGGGAGAGCAUGAACGCGACUAUUUCCAGUCUUCUCGAGGACAAGCGCAACCUCGAAGAGAAGCAGUGCACUCUUAACGAUAUUAUCGUCAAACUGGAGGCUGAGCUCUCGACCUUACAAGCUCUUAGAAGCAACAGUUCCUUCGAGUCGAAUACAUCCACCGGCUCUGCGCCCAGGAAGAGUCUUGACCGCAAUCCUCCUGCCAGUUUUUCAAAGAAAUCGGCAGGCUAUGAGUCCGAGAUGCGGAAGACUCGCCGGCUCUCGGCCUAUGACGAGCACCGGAGGCAGUCCUACUGGAACGACGUUAGGGAUUGUGGCACCAUGACAGACCCAGUGGACAACAAUUGCAACUGCACGGAGCUGGAUAGCAAGCUUCAGGCCUGCCAGCAGGAACUAUUCAUUCGUGAGAGCCAGGUUACUGCCUUAAGCCUUGAGCUGAAGCACCAUCCUCUAAAGGACGAAAAUGCGCAGCUAAAGAAUCGGGUGCUGGAGGAGCAGGAGAAGGCUCGAUCCGAGCAGAAGCGCCUCAAGAUGAAGAUUCAGGAUCUCAAUGCCAAAGUCAAUGAUCUCUCCAAUGCGGUCAAGUCGCCUCCUACCCCAGUGCCAGAGCCCAAGCCGAGCUCAGUGCUUCCGUCCGCUUCGGCUCACACACAGACUGAAUGUCAACUGGAGAAGAAGUAUCAGGAUGCUCUGGUUUUGCUACGCUCCCGCUACCAUCUCAUCAAGGAUUUGGAAGAGAAGCUUAAACAGAAUGAAAACACAGACACGUCCAAUGUUUCAUCCCUGACCAGUGGCCAAAUAAAUUCACUUAAGAAACAAUGCGAAACGCUGAAAAAGGAACUGGCGUCUGUCAGGGAAAAGUAUGACACGGCGAAGCGUGUAUUGAUGAUGCGCAAGGAUGAAAUGGUCCAGAUGCGCCUUCAACUAAAUGCCUUCGAGUCAGCUGCUGCUGCUGCUCCGAAGUAGACAGUUUUCCUUCUCUUCAGGUGUAUAUAUGUAUCUUAAUCGGUUGGCAACCAAGUCAUAUUACUAUGUCUCUCUGACGCUAGUCGCUUUAUGUGUUUGAUAAGCCAUUUAUUUUGUACAUUUCAUAUCAUUUAUGUAUCCUACCUUUUUAAGUAUUGUAUCCGCCGCUGAAAUGCACAAAUCACAAAUUGUUCUUCAUAACGCGGCUUUAUUGUAAUGUCAAUAAAUAUUUAUAACUUUCUAA